AUGCCUUCCAACACCUCCGUCAACCCUCCGCAGGAGGAGGCCAGUGGUCAUUCCGCGCUGCCGUGUACGCGAUAUAAAUUCCCCUUUGUCCACACCUUUGUGACUAGAAUCAAAAAAAUCAUCCACCUCGACGAGGAUAUAGCACAGUGCUCGAACAACGCCGCAUUUGUGAUCGCGGUGGCAACAGAGAUGUUUAUACGAUACCUGGCAGAGCAAGGCCACAACGUCGUCAAAUCUGAACGGAAGCCAAGACGGACGAUCCAAUACAAAGAUCUAGCCACCGCAGUUUCCCGCAUCGACAGCCUCGAGUUUCUAGCAGAUGUAAUACCAAAAACGACGACAUACAAACAGUUCAAAGAAAAGAGAGCGAAGGAGACUGCCAAUGGGGCUGGCGUGUCGACGAACCAGCGAACACUUAGCAGCGCGAGGAUGCGGGCGAAUGGCACGACGUCGCGGGAGCGGAGAGAAGACUCCAUGCUGGAUCUGAACGGGCUGGGGGACACGCACAUACCAACAUCUCGGCCGCCGAUGGUUAUGCACUCAUCACGGCCAGAUAGUACUCUUGUGGCCAACGAUCCAAUGUAUCCGGACGAUGAAGAUGUGGGGACUGAUGGGGAUAUUGAAAUGACGCAAUGA